AUGAGGGAGCUCUUCGCCUUCAAACUUCAAGAUAGGGGAAAUAUGUUUUCAUUACUUCCCAAUGCAAGGAGGCUUCUACAACAAUUUAUUGUUGAUGGUUACACAGUGAUUGAAAGUGAGAGAUUGCAUUACAUAUAUAAGCAGCAGAAAGCCCUAAGGUGUGAGACAUAUGAUAAUUUAUGCAAUGUACAAGAGCAAGGAGAGUCGGAUGCUUUAUACAUUAGACAACGUGUUAUACUACCUUCUUCUUUCACCGGUGGUUCUCGGUACAUGAUGCAAAAUUAUUUGGAUGCAAUGUCCCUUUGUAAAUGGUAUGGAUAUCCAUACUUAUUCCAAACCAUGACAUGUAAUCCUAAAUGGCCAGAAAUUAGAAGAUUUGUUAAAGACACCAGGCUAAAUCCAGAAGACAAGCCUGACAUUCUUUGUCGUUUAUUUAUGAUCAAGCUUGAUGCACUUAUUAAAGAAUUGAAAGACAAUGAGUUAUUCGGCAAACGUCAAGCAACUGAGAUCCUAGACAAAAACAGAGAUCUAGAUUUGUACUCAGUUAUAAAAGAGUUCAUGACCUAUGGACCUUGUGGCAAAGAGAACAUUAAUUAUCCAUGCAUGAUUGAUAGAAAGUGUUCAAAAAAGUACCUGAAGAAAUUUUCUGAACACACUUCAAUUGAUGUUAAUGGUUAUCCUGUAUACCGCAGACGAGAUGACGGACGUUUUAUUAAGAAAUCAGGUGUUAAACUAGACAACAGAAAUGUCGUUCCAUAUAGCAAACAUCUGUUGAAAAUAUAUCAAUCACACAUUAAUGUUGAGUGGUGCAAUCAGGCUUCUUCAAUCAAAUAUUUGUUCAAAUAUAUCAACAAAGGUCCAGAUAGAGCCAAUGUUGCUAUUGUAGAAAACAGUAAUGAUAAGGUCACUAUUAAUGUUGUUGAUGCAAUAAAGCAAUAUUAUUAUUGUAGAUACCUUUCUGCAUGUGAAGCUUCAUGGCGUAUUUUUGGGUACGAUGUUCAUUACAAGACUUCUUCUGUUUUAAGACUUCCUUUUCAUCUUCCAGGACAACAACAAGUGGUGUUUGGUGUUGAAGAUGAUAUUGAAAAUGUCCUAAACAGACCAUCUGUGGCGUCCUCAAUAUUCUUAGCUUGGACGAAUUGUAAUCAAAUUUAUCAAGAAGCACGAGAACCCACUUACGUUGAAUUCCCUACAAAGUUUGUGUGGAAAUUGGAGGAGCGACAUUGGGAUCGAAGGAAAAAAUGCUUCUCAAUUGGACGGAUUCAUUCAGUUUCUCCUACUGUAGGAGAAGCAUAUUAUUUAAGAAUUCUUCUGAAUAAAGUCAAAGGUCCUAAAUCAUUCGAAGACAUUCGUACAGUAAAUGGAAAAACAUUUCUUACUUUUAGAAAUGCAUGUUACGCUUUUGGGCUUUUAGAUGAUGACAAGGAAUAUAUUGAUGCCAUUGAAGAGGCAAAUUUAACCGCACCUGUCUCCAGAACGGCACACUCUCGCUUUCAAAUCCCUCUCAUUAUCAAUGAAUAUUCUCUUUGCCACAUAAAGCCAGACAGUGAUGUGAGCUUAAUAAAAAAUACUACUUUGAUGAUAUGGGAUGAGGCACCAAUGGUUCAUAAGCAUGCAUUUGAAGCAUUGGAUAGAAGUAUGAAUGAUAUUUUCAAUACUCGACGCAGUGGUGACUCGCAAAUGCUUUUUGGAGGGAAGGAGAUGAAAAAAGAGUACUUAAGUUCAGAUACGCUAUGUGAAUCAGAGCACUUUCAUGAUCAGUUUGAUAAAACUUUGUACUCUCCUGAUGUCUUAAAUGGUCUUAAAUUAUCAGGGAUACCAAACCGUAAGAUUUUACUAAAAAUUGGUGUUCCUAUCAUGUUACUCAGGAAUAUUUAUCAGAAAUAUGGAUUAUGUAAUGGAACUAGAUUGUUGGUGUUAACAUUAGGAAAUCAAGUGAUAAAAGCACAGUUGGCAAACUAUGAAGAAUACAUUGAUGGGCAGUUUACUGRAAACCUUGGAGAGAUUUUAAUAAGGGAUAAAAGUAAUACUCCUUCUGGGUUCACUCUCAAAUUCCAAAAACACAUCAGAACUAGAAGGCUUGAGGAUGUACGGCAGCUUGGAUAUGAUCAGAUAGUGAGCAAGCCUCUAGAAUCAUCAAAGUAA